GACGUCAACUGUCAUUCCCUGUGUCUUCCGUACUGUUUCAACAGUAACAGUACACAGAUCGCACGGGAAAGGUGCUUUCCUUCGUUCAGAAGUAAAGCCACACAGGCUCCGAGACUCCUUCGUUCAUAAGUAAAUCCACACAGGCUCCGGUGAAUCUCUGACGAAAGAAAGCCUGCUUUUGGCCUUUCUCUUGUUCUUUUCUGCUGUUGGGUUCUCUCUGCUUUUUUCUCGAUCCGUCUGCCGGACUCACCCGAGCCUUCGAACGAAAUACAAAAGAAGGCAGAAAUGUGAAGGGGGAAGGAGAAAGGGGAAGUUCGUCCUCGCGUUUCUCACUUUCGUUCGUUAUUUUUAUCGACCUUUCCAGUGUUUCCUAUGGCGUCUCGGAGCCCGGGGUCGACGCCGGGUUCCGUCCCAACCCCUGAUGAUGGCGGAAGAAUGUACGAGAGGAGUCCAGGGGGAACAACUGGUUCGUGCGAGAAUCCGUCUCCGGGGAGACCGAGAGGCGUGUGCUUCUCCUGCGGGAAGUCCGGCCACUGGUACCGGCAAUGCACGGAGCGGGGGAGCCGGAACCUUAGGACGCCCGAAUCGCCGACCGGAGACGGCUUGGUGGGGAAGAAGCUGUGCAGGUGUGGCGGUGGCCCCUGUUUGGUUCUCACUUCUCACACGUCGAAGAAUCCGGGAAGAAAGUUCUACAAGUGCCCCGUUAAGACGCCUGGUAUGAACUGCCAGUUAUUCGAGUGGUGCGACUCACCGUCUCCAUCGAGCGUUGCGAUCGAUUUUAGCCUUUAUCCAAUGUGCGCGUGUGGAGCUGGAAGAGCAAAACUGUCUUUGAAAAGGGAUGGCCCUUAUGCAGGGAAGCAUUGCUUCAUUUGCCCCAUCAAGAAGGGUCAAGGAGCAUGCAAUUUCUUGCAGUUGGAUGAUCAGCCUAUGAAGGAUAAGAAAAUAUCAGAUGCCCCUGGAGAUUCUAACAGAGUGGUUGAGAUUGGGGAUGCUUUACCAUAUGGCAGGGAAAGCAACAAGUACAAUGGUGAGACUCUUACCCAUGGAGAUUCUAACGUGGUAGUUGGGACUGGUGAUGCUUUACCAUAUGGCGAGGAAAGCGAGGAGUACAAUGGUGAGGCUCUUAUCCAUGGAGAUUCUAACGAAGAAGUUGGCACUGGUAAUGCUUUACCUUAUGGUAAGGAAAACGACGAGUACAAUGGUGAGACUCCGCUGAUCCAUGGAGAUUCUUGCAUAGGAGUUGGGACUGGUGAGACUCUGCUGCUUCGUGGAGAUUCUAGCUUAGUGGUUGGGACUGGUGAUGCUUUACCUUAUGGCAAGAAAAGCAACGAGUACAAUGGUGAGACCCUGCUGAUCCAUGGUUCAGAUAGAGAUGAAUCGUCGCAGGCUUUUCCAAGUGUCUGUCCUCAACCGGCCGCUGGAACGGCAUGUGGGGAAGAAAGUGAGAGGCCUAGGACGAUGGUGCCGCGGAAGCUCAAUUUCGAAGAUUCUGCAUCUGCUCUUAAUCCUCCAAAGAGUAAGCCCGGCAACUGUUACAAGUGCGGAAGGCCCGGCUAUUGGGUGAUCGACUGCCUUUCACAUAACUGAUCUGUGUCUGUGGUUGGUGCUAAGAGACCCAGAAGAGAAUGGCCAUGAAAAUAGCUAUCUAGACUAGAAAGCUUUUGUCUUUUUUUAUAUAUACGCUUGAGUACGUUGUGAGGAGACCUUGUCCGUGUGAGAACUAUUAUAGAUGGUGACAUUGCUGUAUUAUGAAGUCAUGUCUUGUUAACAUUUCUAAAUGUGAUGCAUGGCCUUGAAGGAAACAUACAUGGUCGAGGCCCCUAGCUAGUUGCAUAAAAAAAGUGUGUUCUUAGUA